UUUACUGACCACAAACCUCUUUUGGGCCUGCUAUACCACUCAAAGCCCAUGCCACCUGUCCUGUCCCCACGCAUGCUACGCUGGAGUGUUCUUCUUGGGGCCUACGAUUACGAAUUGUGCUACCGCCCUGGCAAACAGCUAGCAAAUGCUGAUGCCCUCAGUCGCUUACCACUGCCCGCUGGUAUGCGUGAGACCCCUCCACCCAUGGAGGUGCUCUUACUGGAAAUGGCGCCUGAAGCCCCACUGAAUGCAAAACACAUUGCCGCCCUUACUCGGAAGGAUCCAGUUCUGUCUCGGGUGCUGCGCUGGGUCCUGCAUGGCUGGCCAUUGGAUACACCCGACAGCCGUUUCAAGCCGUUUUUCACCCGGCGCCAUGAACUGUCCGCACACAAGGACUGCCUAUUAUGGGGGAGUCGUGUAGUUAUUCCUAACCUGGUGAGGGAGGAGGUACUAGCCAUGCUGCAUGAUGCACACCCAGGCCUUGUGCAUAUGAAGGGCCUGGGGAGGAGUUAUGCCUGGUGGCCAGGUAUGGAUUUAGCAAUAGAACAGACAGUAAAAUCCUGUGAAACCUGGCAGAGAACUCGUCAUGCACCACCAACAGCACAGCUGCACCCUUGGGAGUGGACAACUAAGAAAUGGUCCCGGCUACACAUUGACUUUGCUGGUCCAUUCCAGGGGAAGACAUUUCUCGUAAUUGUGGACUCACACUCUAAGUGGUUAGAGGUUGCCGUGGUGAGUUCAAUGUCCUCCUCUGCAGCGAUCAGCACACUGAGGCUCCUCUUUGCAACUCACGGGUUACCAGAUGUCAUUGUUUCUGACAACGGUGCAGCCUUCACAUCGGAAGAAUUCAAAGAGUUUGCCAGACGGAAUGGCAUCAGAGCAGUGACUACGGCCCCUUACCAUCCUCGUUCAGAUGGCCAAGCAGAACGUAUGGUCCAGACAACCAAGGAGGCCCUGUCUAGGAUCACUAUCGGUGACUGGCAGACACGCCUGGCUAGGUUUCUGCUGUCACAGCAUGUGACUCCCAAUUCAGCAACAGGAAAGAGCCCUGCCGAACUUCUCAUGAACCAGCGUCUUACCACGGCCUUUGAUCGCCUUCAUCCUGACUAUGAAAAUGAGAUCCCAGAGAUGUUGGACCGGGCGCACCGACUUGCCUCAGGUUCGGGCCCGAAUGCUCCCCCCAGACCCAUGAUUUUGAGAGUACACCAUUUAGAGUCAAUCAGCAUGUCCUCCGGAUGGCCAGGCAGUGAGGCCGGUAAAGAUCCGGUGAAGUUCAUGUCGGAGAUGCUGAUGCAAAUAAUUGGUCCUGAUGUCUUUUCUGCACCGCCUGAGCUGGAGAGAGCACACCGGACCCCGACCUUCAAAUCCGGCCGAGGAACAUCUCCCUGCAUGUUCCUGGUUUGCUUUUCCCGAUUCCAGCAGAAGGAAGCUGCUUUGCGCUGGACCAGGAACCACGAGCUGAAGUACCAAGGAGCAGUUAUAAGGGUUUAUCAAGACCUCAGCACGGCACUCGCUAAAAAGCGAGCCGCAUUUAACGGCAUCAAACAAGCUCUGUACCAAAAGAACGUGCGGUUCCACCUACUGUACCCGGCCGGCUGCGCGUGA